AUGGAUUUUAUAACCACGAGCAGCAACGACAGCAACGCCACCAGCGGUUACCCUGACGGGUCGGACGUUGUGGGCGACUGGGGCGCGGGUGACAAUGGCACGGGGUCUCGCGCCUUGCCAGAUGUGGAGCUGAGUUACCAGAUUAUCACCUCCCUGCUCCUAGGGGCCCUCAUCCUUUGCUCCAUAUUUGGAAACGCGUGCGUCGUGGCAGCCAUCGCCCUGGAGAGAUCUCUCCAGAAUGUGGCCAACUAUCUGAUUGGGUCUUUGGCCGUCACAGACCUCAUGGUAUCGGUGCUGGUGUUGCCAAUGGCGGCCCUUUACCAAGUUUUAAACAAGUGGACACUAGGGCAGGAGAUAUGUGACUUGUUUAUCUCUCUGGAUGUACUCUGUUGCACUUCAUCCAUCCUGCAUCUGUGCGCAAUAGCUUUGGACAGGUACUGGGCCAUAACAGACCCCAUAGACUAUGUAAAUAAACGGACACCGAGGCGAGCUGCGGUCCUGAUAAGCGUCACCUGGCUGAUUGGUUUCUCCAUCUCAAUUCCGCCUAUGUUAGGCUGGAGAAGCGCCGAAGACAGGGCGAAUCCAGACGCAUGCAUCAUCAGCCAGGACCCGGGAUAUACCAUCUACUCCACAUUUGGAGCUUUUUACAUCCCUCUCAUCCUCAUGCUGGUCCUGUACGGGAGGAUAUUCAAAGCUGCUCGCUUCCGGAUCCGAAAGACGGUGAAAAAAACCGAGACUUCAAAAGUGUCUGACAAGUGCUUGAGUGUGUCUCCGGCCAUCUUCCAUAAGAAAACAAACGGCGAGGCAGGGGGCAAAGGUUGGAAGCGCGGAGACGACUCCAAACACGGCUCUCCGUGCGUAAACGGCGCAGCGAGGCACGGAGAAGAAGGGGAGUCACUAGAAAUCAUAGAAGUUAACAGCAACUCCAAGACGCACCUGCCUCUGCCCAACACUCCUCAGUCCUCAUCACAUGGCUACGAAAACAUGAAUGAGAAGAACUCGGGCGCGAAGAGGAAGAUUGCGCUUGCAAGGGAGCGUAAAACAGUGAAAACACUCGGCAUCAUCAUGGGAACUUUUAUCUUCUGCUGGCUGCCGUUUUUCAUCGUGGCGCUCGUGCUGCCUUUCUGUGCAGAGAGCUGCUACAUGCCGGACUGGCUGGGCGCUGUCAUAAACUGGUUGGGCUACUCCAACUCUCUCCUCAACCCCAUCAUAUAUGCCUACUUCAACAAAGACUUCCAAAGUGCUUUCAAGAAGAUUAUAAGAUGCAAAUUCCACAGACAUUAACCAAAACAAGGCGGGAAAAUGUCAAGUGGUUAUAACCGGACAGCUGG